AUGGAGGCUUUGCAACGCGCUGAGCCUAUCCUGCCUAAGAUGGGGAAAGAAGGCGAAGCCGUGAGGUGGUAUCUGACACAUUGGAACGAUGAGGUCUUGAGCGAGGCUGAUAUGAUCCGAAACCAAACGAUCCCCAACGCUCUGAAUGCCAUCUUUGGCUGGCGACUGGAUCCUCAGCUGACCGUGAACACAAGAUAUUAUAAGUGGGUUGGGUGGAAUUUCUUCCAAGUGGGUGACCCUAGCGGUAUGUAA